CAACAACAAACGCAGUGACAAAAAACACAGGGCGAUGGAAAAUUAAAAAAGGCCGUACCUUUUUGUGCACCACAGAGUUGUGCGAUGUCGAACGGGAUUUCUAACGAAAGUGCGUAGCGCGAGGCUUUAGAACGCUUUUCAUACUGUACCGUUUGAUUGGUGGAGAGUGUAUAGCUCAAGUGUUCUCGUAGCAGCAGACGCAGCGGAUCCCGGUCGAUACGAUGACGCAGGCUAACGAUUCGAAGGCGAAGGCGACAGCGUCGGACAAGGAGGGCGGUAAAAGCCACCUAAACCUGACGGCCGACGAGCUAAAGGAGGAGGGCAACCGCUGUGUCAAGGCGGGCAAUUUCACCGAAGCCAUCCUUCACUACUCACACGCCAUCAAACUCAAUCCCGGGGACGCUAUUCUGCACAGCAACCGAUCACUGGCCUUUUGCAAGCUGCAGCAGUUCUACUACGCCAACGAGGAUGCCGACAAGGCCAUCGCGCUGAAUCCGACCUGGGCGAAGGGCUACUACCGGAAGGCGGAAGUGAGCAUGGGUGUAGGGCAGUACGAUAGUGCACUGUUGUCGUACGGAAAGGCACUGCAACUGCAGCCUCAGGAUAUGGGCAUCAUACAGGCCGCAAGGAAAGCGGCCGAGCUGAGCAAUCAGGACAGGGUGGCGGAAAAGAGAACGCCCAUGGUAGGCUGUGCGAUUGGUUGUGCCGUAGGAUUGUGCAUCGUGCUGGCUGAUAUGCUACUCACGGAAAACCCUGCCAUAAAGUACACAACGUUGAUGAUAUUCGUGGUGCUGAUCAUAGCCGGAAUGGGUUUUGGGAUAGCCAAGAUGAUUCGAUACUUCAAAAAACAGCAACGCAGAGGAUUACUUGAUGCACCAAUCGAUUUGCUCGAAGAUUUCCAAAAACCCAACGAAGACGCUACCGAAGAUGGCUUGCUGAAUGGUGAGCAACGACCAAUGAGAAAUCGCUACACCAAAGCUCAAGCUCGGCAACGGCUUAAAAAGGGUAAAACGUAGUUUUGUCUUUGCCAUGUGAUUUUAUUCAUUCGGAAAAUAGUGGUUCGGAAGGCAUGCGAUACCACUCUUCUUGGGCCCCGCAAUAUGUAAUAACGUUGUACACAAUCCACACAUGGAUGGAGCAACAUAAUUAUUUGAAAUCAUUUCCUUUUCCCUUUUGCUGUCCAAUGUAUCUAGCUUAACCAGAGUGGAGUGAGCUGCACAAGCUGUUGGCAAGGUAAAUUUGAAAACAUUUUUUUCCCCAAAUAACCAUCAACAAUCACACAAUCAAUACCGCCUAUGGUGAAGAGAUCAACAAUGUUCAUGUUCGAUCGACUAGUCGCACUGUGUGCAUGCGUCAGGCAUGUAAAUUCUUAUCAAUUUAGGAUAGGUUUUCGAUCCCUUCGAAGCUUAUCAAGCAGCAACUUGGCUUUGGGUUAUGCUCUUCAUAUAUGGGAUAUUUCAUAAGGUCUUGUAUUUGGGAUUGCAAAACCAAACGAAAAUAGGAGGGUAUAUCGGGCUAGAAAUAAAUCUAGUUAGCUUGUGUUAUC